UUUAUAAGCAUUGUAGAAUGUAAAUAAAACACUUGUGAUUUGUGUAUCGUAUGAAGGUGAACAAUAUUAAAAAAAAACCAAGAAUAUAUACAACUAUUACAUACAUGCAUUUUUUUCCAAUCAUCACGGACAUUGCGUAAUGUUCCACAUUAGUUGUAUUGUGUUAACAUUAUGUUCAGUGAUUUUAUGGCAAACUGGUGUAACUAAUGCCAAAUCAUCUGUGAAAAUAGAUCGUGAAGAAAUAGAAUGUGACAUAUGUAUCGGCGCAGUAUCACUUGGGAAGCUGUUUCUUGUGUCACCAGUCAUGGAUAGUAUAAAGAAAAUGCUAGUAGGAAGAAUGUGCACUUUACCUGGGAUUAUGACAAAAAGAUGUAUUCAUUGGGGAUAUAAACAGGUAGACAAUUUAGUUGUUCAGCUUUUAAAACAAAGUUCAUCGAAACCAUGUAAGUAUGUUUCGUAUUGUCCAGAUGAAAAAUCACCAAAACAUUAGAGAGUUGAGUAAACAUUGAAACAAAAUUUAAGUUCGAUUAUUUUUGGUGAACAACUUGAUCUGAAGAAAACAAAAAUUCGUAGCAUGCAAUAAUUUUUAGCUCAAUGACAAAUAUAUGGUUUAAUAUAAA